ACGGUACCUAUGUUGAACGGUUGGUUGGUUUGUGGUCCUGCCUUUUGGUUUUGGACCGGUUGUUGUUGAGUUUCCUAGCUUCCCUGCCUGUCUCUCACGCUAAUUCCCAGUCUCACUGUGCUAUUUCAAUUCUAAUUAGCAGCCAUGAACUCAGACGAAUCUGAUCACGAGGAAUUACAAAGUCAACGUGUUCUACUUCUAACACUACUAGAUGCGUUAAAAAUGGCUUCCAAGGAUCUACAAAGCAACCUUUUUUCUCUAACCAACACCGACUUUUCCAAAUCCAAAACCACCUUUGAAGCUCUUUCAAAGCUCGAAGCAGAGGCUGACAGCCCUCUCUCCACUGACCCAAAUCUUUUCAAACUCUCUCAGUUGCUCUGCAACCUCAAUACUCUGCUCGAAAAGCUUGAAAAAUCUCAGGGAUAUAGCCUCAGUUCUCUCCUCCGCCGACAAAUCACAAGCUACAACAUUUCCCAAGUUGCAUUCACGAUCGAGGCUGAAAUUCAAGCAAUCCUUGACCGAGAUAAUGUUCAAAUUCUUGCAAGAACGUUGAAAGAUUCCGAGGCAGACGAGGACCAAAAGGUUAAGGUUUUGAUCGAGUUCAGAAAUCGGGUGUGCCAAGGUUUCAAUAGAGAUUUUCAAGAUUUAGUUUUGAGAGCAAAGGUGUUUUCGAUUCUAGAAACUAUACUUUGUGACUCAAUGUGUUCGAAUCGGGUUCGAGACCAAGCGGCUCUUGUUAUAGAUGCUUUAGUUCGAUUCAAUAAGAAUGUUUUUGUGGGAUUAGUUUUUAUGGGUCCCAUUGUUGGAGCCUUGGUUUCAAUGGGUUCAUGUUGUUCAAUUCAAGUUCUUUGUUCACUGAUCAAAUUUGUUAGAACUCCUUUAAUAGAUGAAAUGGAAUUGAAUGGUGAAAUCCCAAGAAUUAUCAAUCUCUUGAGCUCGGAAGAGUUGCCUAUUCAAGCUGCAGCCUUGGAUUGCAUUCUUGAACUUGCUUAUUUUGGGAGGAAAGAAGUGAUUGAAGCAAUUCUUGGAGAAGAAUUGGUGGAGAAGCUCAUGGAGAUGCAAAGAUUGGAACAUGGAAGUGAAGAUCUUGAGAAAGGUCAAUUGAGUCAGCCAGAGAAUGAGAGAGUUUGUGAGGGAACAGAGCCAGAAACGAAAAUAGAGAGCAAAGAUAGGGAUUCUGUGCAGAAUUAUCCAUUUGAAAGCUGUGUUGCAAGGUUUGCAGUGCAAAUAGAAGUGGGAGAAGGGUUAAAUCAAGUAGAGAAAAGAGAAGUUAAAUUGGAAAUAUUGAGGAGAGUCAGAGCGGCCUCUGUUUCUGAAGCAGAGUCAGCCACCAUUGAAUCAGAGGUUGUGGUUUGGACUGUGGUGGAUAUUGGAUGGAGGCGAUUGUAAUGCUAGUGCCACUGGCUCUGAUUGUUUUUUACCGCUAAAAAGCUAAAAUGAAGUGUGCUCAUUUUUCA